GUCAAUGAAUUGAGCAUCAUGGAUCUGUUUCGUUUGGCCUCUUUGGUGCGAACCCUCCCCAGUGCACGUUUUCCCACAAUCAGUCAGUCCACUCUACCGGAACCAGCGCGUUCGGCCAAAAGUUUGACCACAUUAACAGAGGAGGCAGAUCUAUUGCGAUCGGCGCUACGUUUGCGUAUUCUUUCACAGCUUCCCGAAAUGGAAUCUGUCGACGCAGUCGUAUUACUGCAGAUGUUAUGCGAUCUGAGUCCAAUUCUGACCAUGAGUGAGCGGUUCAAAAUACUCCGUGUAAUUGAUGCGUCAAUGAUCAUCAAUCCGCAGCAGAGAAACUUGUAUACCUUGGUGUUUGUUUUCACUCGCAUGAGCUUGUUGAAAACGUUUAAACGUGGCAUUCUGAAUCGGUGA